AACUUCUCUAACUAUCUCCUAAUCCUCAAGAACCUCUCUCUCUCUCUCUCUCUCUCUCUCCAAUAUUCUCCAACGAGCUCCAACUGCUCAAAACCCGACCUAUUCUUUCCAACAAUGUGUAAUUUUUUGGGUCGCGACGAUUUCUUUCCGCGCCGUUGUGUCUUGGUCCAUGGCCCAGUCAUUAUAGGAGCCGGGCCGUCUGGACUAGCCGUAGGGGCUUGCCUAAGGGAACAAGGCGUUCCCUUUGUAGUCCUGGAGAAAUCAGAUUGCAUUGCAUCACUAUGGCAAAAGAGAACCUACGAUCGCCUGAAACUUCACCUCCCCAAGCAGUUCUGCCAGCUCCCAAACCUCCCAUUCCCCGAAGACUUCCCAGAAUACCCAACGAAGAAGCAAUUCAUAAGCUACCUCGAAACUUACGCGAAUCGCUUCGGAAUCAACCCGCAGUUCAACGAGUGCGUCCAAUCCGCGAGGUACGACGAGGCCUGCCGUUCGUGGCGGGUGAAGACCGUUUCCACCAGCGGCUGCGGCCGCACCGAGGUGGAGUACAUUUGCCAGUGGCUCGUGGUGGCGACGGGGGAGAAUGCCGAGUGCGUAAAGCCGGAGAUUGAUGGGCUGAAGGAGUUUAAAGGCGAGGUUUUACAUGCUUGUGAGUACAAGUCCGGCAAGAAGUUCGCCGGAAAGAGAGUGCUGGUCGUGGGUUGUGGAAAUUCCGGCAUGGAAGUCUCCCUUGACCUCUCUAACCACAAUGCCAAGCCAUCCAUGGUGGUACGAAAUUCGACUCACGUAUUACCAAGAGAAGUUUUCGGGAAAUCGACAUUCGAAUUCGCGAUGUUGAUGAUGAAGUGGUUGCCCCUUUGGCUAGUAGACAAGAUACUGUUGAUUCUGGCGUGGUUUAUUUUGGGUAACACUGAGAAAUGGGGGCUAAAAAGGCCAUCAGUUGGUCCACUGGAGCUCAAGAACACUCAGGGGAAGACCCCUGUUUUGGACGUCGGGGCCUUGCAGAAGAUCCGGUCCGGCGACAUCAAGGUGGUUCCCGGAAUCAAGAGGUUUUCCAGUGGCGCGGUUGAGCUUGUCAACGGCGAAAAGAUCGAAAUCGACUCGGUCGUUUUGGCUACCGGAUAUCGGAGCAAUGUGCCUUACUGGCUACAGGAAAGCGAAUUCUUCUCGGAAAACGGCUUCCCGAAGGCGCCAUUCCCAAACGGGUGGAAAGGAAAGGCUGGUCUCUAUGCUGUUGGGUUCACAAGAAAAGGGCUCUCUGGUGCAUCCUUUGAUGCCAAGAGAAUAGCACAGGACAUCGGCAAUGUCUACAAGACCGAUUUGAAUCAGAAGAAGCAAAAAGUCUCCGGCCACCGACGAUGCAUUUCGCAGUUCUGAUCAUCUUAGGAGGAAAUUGAUCCUUUUUUUUUUCUUUCCCUUUUGAAUUCUUUGUUGUAAAGAUGAUGUAUGUAGAAAACAAGGAAAGAAACAACAGAUAGCAUAGAGUUCCAGCCCUCUCCAAAGCCCAAGGUUUUAGAAUGUUUGGGCAUUUUGCAUACUGGGGAUGAUGAGGCUUAUUUCUGCCCUUUCUAUUUGAGCUUCAAAUUUUGUACAAUUAUUCAGUUUCUGUCAAUGAAAAGAUCUCGAAUUUAUCGCAA